AUGAGUAACCACGAAGACGCUCAGCCGCAAGAAGGCCCUUCAUUCCCCUACCCUGAAAGCAGACUCGACCAGCCCUCCCAAAAACGGCCAAAAACAGUGUCACCACUCGGUCUGCAGACCGCAGCGGCUGCUCUUCCACCCAUGUCCGCCCCGCAAUCCCCCUUCUACCCAUCUAUGCCUUCGGCUGGCUCUCCAUUAUCCGGAGGCCCCCCAGGACCAUACGAUGCAGCUUUCUCGACCCACCCGUCUCCAUCUUCCCCGUAUAUCCAGCACCACCCUUCUCCGUUCCCUCCCCAUGCUGCCAUGUACAGCCCUUUCCCCGGCUCUCACCUGGCAGCCCCGGGUGCUCUGGAUGUCCACUCUUUCAGCCCACAUACCUAUCCUUCAGGGGGCGCCGCCGGGCCGUCAGACUACCGCUCCUUCUCAGCCCCUGUGGGUCGUCACCACCCCGCGCUUCCUUCCACCUCGGCAUCGUCAGGGGAGAACACCCCCUCGCCUUCCUUCGAGUCUGCGAACAUCGACCCAGGUCUACGAAUGUCGCAUGCCGGGAAAGCGCCGGGCAUGACUAUCAACAAGGGGAAGCAUAAGGGGACACCAGGGCCCAAGGCGAGGAUACCGAGGGAUGCCAAGGUCAUGAUUGCCGAGCAUAUCAUCGCGAAGGGGGUGGCUAUGGCGAAUGUUGAUGAGCUGUCAAGACUUACUGGCUUGACCAGACAACAGAUCAAAUCCCAGCUCGUUGAUAACCGCCAAAACGUCCGAAAACAGCUAGUGGAGGCAAUACGUAGUCUCCAGUAG